CUUUCACUUUGGUGCCGAGCUCAGGCCCUGGAUGGGGGUGAUUGUUCUCCCGGCCCCCCUGGCGUUAAAGGUACAAAAGGAGAAGGAGUGUGGGCGUGUGGAGCAGUAAGAGGAGAGCAGCACCCAGCAGCACCUCAGGGCACCCACAGCUCUUCAGAGGUCCAGAGCUGGAGCCAUGGCAGGGGACGGGGAGCUCAGACGCAUCAUCAAGGACCUGCAGAAAACCAUUGCUGAGCUGAAUCGCAGCUACAGGGAGCAGAACCUGCCGGUGACGGAUGGCAGCCGGGAGCUGCACAGCCUCUGUGCCCAGCUGGAAUUCCUCCUGCAGUUUGAUCUCAAGGAGAAGAAGAGCUUUUUUGGGCAGCGCAAGGACUACUGGGACUUCUUGUGCCAGGGCCUGGCACAGCGUCGGCAGGAGCACGAGGGCAUCCGCUUCGUCACCUCGCUGGACAAGGUGGGCAUGGGCCAGUGGAGGGGGCUCACAGGGCACCCACUGGGUGGGCAUGGUCACAGACGCUGGAUGCACAGUGCAUGGGCUGUGCUGGGGAUGCAGGUUGGCAUGGCAGUGCUGCAUCACCCCUGCUUCCCUCCAGCUGAAGACCCCUGUGGGCAGAGGCCGUGCCUUCCUGCGCUACUGCCUGGUGCACCGGCAGCUAGCCGAGUCCCUGCAACUCUGCCUGCUCGACCCCGAGAGCCUCAGUGAGUGGUACUACGCCCGCAGCCCCUUCCUGAGUCCCCAGCGGCGGGCUGAGAUACUGGGCAGCCUGUACGAGCUGGAUGGCAUCACCUUCCACCUGGCCCUGCACAGGGCUGACCUGGACACUGCCUGGCCCAUGUUCUCUGAGACACUGGUGCGUCCCAGUGUGCUGAAGAUGACCCUGCAGACAGAAGGUAGCAGCACGGGGGUACAUAGAUGUCCUGAUGGCAUCGCCCAGCCAGUUGCAGUGCCCCAUGAGAUGCCAGCCUGUCCCAGCCCACGGGCAGAGGGUGAGGAGGAGGAUGAUGUGGAAUCAGAAGAGAAUGGAGAGGAAGACACGGAGGACCAUGAAAAGGAGGAGGACAAUGAAAAGGAGGAGGACAUGCCCAGCACAGCUGAAGCACAGUGUAGCACCAACACGGAUCCCAGCCCGACCCCAACACCCAACCCGGGGCUCACACCCGGCUCCCCAGCCCAUAGUGCGAUGGAGGCAUCCCUGCGAGCACAGGUGUCUCAGCUGCGUGCCAAGCUGGGGCGGCGGGAGGAGGCCUGGCGUGCUCAGAUGGAACGGGAGGAGCGGCAGCACCGGCAGAAAGAGGAGCGCAGCGCCCGGAAGGUCCGGCUGUGGGCCCAUGAGGCUGAGGCGCUGCGGGACACCAACGCCUUCCUCAGCCGAAUGCUGGCUGAGGCGGCGGGUGGCCCGGGGGGGCUGGCACAGGCGCAGGAGGAGGCUCGGCGGUGGCGGGAGGUGGCGGAGGAGCGGGCAGCACGCCUGGACGAGGCAAUGGCAGAGGUGGCAAUGCUGACCUCGCGCCUGCAGGAGUGCCAGGCUGCAAUGCAGGCACGGGGACAGACAGACGCCCCAGCCCAGAUGGCCGCCCUGGAGGAGGUGCUGCGGCGGGCGCUGGAGCUCUCCCAUGGCCCACUGAUGGACAAUCAGGAAGAGGGGGACUCCAGCACGGCUGCUGGCAUGGCAAUGCGACUCACGGCCCUGGUCACAGCAACACGGGAGGAAGCCUUGCAGAGCAGGCAGCAGAUCCAGGCCCUGCGGGAGGAGGUGGUGCAGCUGCAGGAGCAGCUCAGCAGGGCUCGUCAGGAUGGGGAGCGCUGGGCAUCAGCCCUGCAGCGGACACAGCGGGAGGUGCAGGAGCGGGAGGCCAUGCGUGGCGCAGAGCAGGCACGGCAGCAGGAGCUCAUCCGCGACAUGAAGGGGCGGCUGCUGGAACUGCUGCGGGAGAAGGAUGCCCUGUGGCAGAAGACAGAGGGCAUUGACCCACCAGCACCCAGCCCAGCGCCCCGUGAUGUGGGGCUGUGCACCCGCUGUGGCAAGGAUUUUCGCCUCCUGUCCCGGCGGUACAGCUGCAGGUGGGCACGGGAGGACAUCGGGGAACAUAGCAGGGAUACCAACCACCACCACACACCUACCAUCUGCUCUCUCAGCAGGCUGUGCCAGGGCAAGGUGUGCCACGCGUGCUCCAUGGACAUGGGGAAGCAGGGGCGAUGCUGCCUGCUCUGCUACCAGCAAAGGCACCCACAGGCUAUGUGAGCUGGGAGGACAUUCAACCUGCUGUGCCUGGGACAUGGGGCCAGCGGGUAGGUCCUGCUGCUCUGGUUUUCAGGUUGUGAUGUCUUUUGCAUGGCUGGCCCAUGGAGAAAGAAACA